CCGGUCCGACGCUUGUCGCCUAUAGGCAAACAUUUACGACGAUAGUUUUAUUUCGCAAACCCAAUAUCGUCGUUCGACUUUCGAAAUUCCACGAUACGGAACAUCGAAUUCUUUUAUUUACUCGACGCUCAAAGCGGGGAAGGUGUGGCCUCUUGAAGCUCUUGUAAGCGCAUACUCGAUCAAAAAGUUAGCAGCCGUUGUUUUUUCCCGUGUAGCGCGCUGUUAAAAUUGUAUAAUAAAUACUUUUUGUGGCAUCGUCUGUCGGUGUAUGAGGUCAUAGUAAGACGGUAAAACAAAUCUCAACCAAUGGCAAGUUUGGAAGGAAAGUCGCGUAAUAUGACGCUUGAAAUAACGAGUCCAAUUUGUUUCAGAGAAGGAAAGAGUCGCCAAGGGAUCCACAUGUAAAUGGAGAAGGAAGCGUGAUGAUGUCCAUACAGCUUGCGAAUGCCGUGUGUAUUCGGUGUGAAAGAGGAUUUUCAGAACAAGAACAAAUGGUCAAUUCUAAUGGUGAAAUAUAUCAUGAAGAUUGCUUUGUUUGUGCCCAAUGUUUCGACAAAUUUCCUGAAGGAUUAUUUUAUGAGUAUGACGGAGUAAAGUAUUGUGAACAUGAUUUUCACAUGUUAUUUGCACCAUGCUGUGGAAAAUGUGAGGAAUUUAUCAUCGGAAGAGUAAUCAAAGCAAUGAACAAUAAUUGGCAUCCUGCAUGCUUCACUUGCCAGCUAUGUGAUGCCACUCUUGCUGAUAUUGGAUUUGUCAAAAAUCAGGGCAGAAGUUUAUGCAGGCCUUGUCACAACAGAGAAAAGGCAUUGGGACUUGGAAAAUAUGUUUGCCAAAAAUGCCAGGCAAUCAUUGAUGAAGAAGUGUUGCGUUUCAAAGGCGAACCUUAUCAUCCGUUUCACUUCAAUUGUCAACAUUGUGGGAAAGAGCUCACAGCAGAAGCAAGAGAGUUACGAGGGGAAUUAUUCUGUCUGCCGUGUCAUGACAAACAAGGGAUUCCAAUCUGUGGAGCUUGUCGUCGCCCCAUUGAAGAGAGAGUUGUCAGUGCCAUGGGAAAACACUGGCAUGUUGAGCACUUUGUCUGUGCACAAUGUGAGAAACCAUUUCUUGGACAGAAGCAUUAUGAACGUAAUGGAUUGGCAUAUUGUGAAACUCACUUCAAUCAGUUGUUUGGAGAUAUCUGCUAUCAUUGCAAUGGAGUUAUAGAUGGUGAUGUUGUAGCUGCAUUGAACAAAUCAUGGUGUGUUGAUCAUUUCCAAUGUACGUGCUGCAAUACCAAACUAACUCUCAAGAACAAAUUUGUUGAAUACGACAUGAAACCAGUCUGUAAGAAAUGUUAUGAAAAAUUCCCACUAGAGUUGAAAAAGAGAUUGAAGAAGGCCGCUGAAACUGAGAGAAAGUUGUAAAUGAAAUCAAAAUGAGAAGAUUAGAUUGCUCAGAUGAGCUGCUCACUGCCUGCAAGACAAGCAUCAAUAUCACUUCAUUGCAUACUACAUACUUAUAUAUAUAUCUAUAUAUUUUAAACAAGUGCUUAGCAUGUAUGGCAGACUUUUUAUAGUCGGAAAAUUCGGAUAAAGUAUUGGAGGAAUGUCGAUCCACAAUUAUUUGAGUUGGUAUAUUCUUGUAUAACUAUGGCUCAUCUGUAUCUUUUGGGAGAUCAAAUAUUAUGUCUAUACAGUACAAGUAUUACAGUACAAUAAAAAACUAACAUUGCAUGUCAUUCUAAAACUUUUGUAUGUUAUUGUUCCCUUCUUUACUUUUUGAUCAUAUUAUCAUAAUCUUUUUUGUAUAUUUUUGCUCGAAUAAAUGGAUGUUGCUAAUCUUGUGA